AUGCGGGACAGAGCGAUCGACUACGUAACCAUGAAGGAGCCGCCUUCCGAUCCGCCAGACUGGCUUCCAGAGCUGCACCGACAGAUGGAUCGGAAAGCCUUCUGGGGGCUCGUCGCUACAAAAGCGCCGGUCGAGCCGGCUCCCAACCCCCUAGAGCUGGAGAAGAUCUUUGAUGAACCGGACGCCUCCCAGAAGGAGGAGUUUGCGCAUGAUGUGCUGUGCAUGGCAAUGGUGGGGAAGAACGCUCUGCGGCUGGCGGCAGCAGUGGCAGAAUCUGCGCGAGACCCAAGCCAGACGCGGGAGAGCUUGAACCGCAAAGUGGAGGAGUACUUAGACCAUCGCGAUCCACAGCGCAUGGCAGACCUGCUCAUCAAGCCCGGGCUGAUCGAUCUGGGCACCAGGAAGAAGAUCGAAACCACCAGGGAGGUCUGUAAGAUGUUCUAUGCACUUAUGGGAGCCCACAAACUGGAGAGUGACGUCUUCUCGGUUCUGCGGCUGUGGGAGUGCUUCAUCGCCCUAUCCAACGAGGACCUGGGUGGCGCUGACAAGUAUAAGGGACUGGAGGAGACCGCCCGUGAUUACGUCGCUGCCUGCCCACGAUAUCUGGGCCGCACUCCAAGCUACAUCGAGUUCGGAGAGAUGGACCCUGAGCAGUGCGACAAGGAUGUCCCUGGGCCCUACCUUCGCGUGCGCCUCGAGGAGUCGGAUGAUAGCAUCUACCGUUGGAGACAGAACAUCGCAGAGGAGAAGAGGCCCGAGAUCAGUGACGCUUGGAGGCCCUACGACUACCUGUCUGGCACCUUCUGCAGCCCGUCGAUGAAAAUCCCGGGGCCUGGUGCAGACAGAGUCCGUCCUUUGCCGAACAAGCUCUGCGCGUGGCUCAGGGGCCGCAAUGUCCGGAAAUUGGUGAGCAUCAAGCACUCCAUUGAGCAGACACCGCCGUACGACUUCCUUCGCGAAGAGGAGCAGGAGGAGACGGACGAGAAGAGACGCAGAUGUGACGUGCGGCGCAGACUGGCUAACCAGAAGGAGAAGUACAGACCCCCUUCCAGAUGGAUGCAGGUGAUGCCAGCGCCCUGGCGGGUGCUUUCGGCCUGA